AUGGCACGAAGUCAUGGGACCAUAGUCAGCCUGGUGCUGCUGGCGCUGGGCCUGGCCCUGGCCAUCAUCGUGCUGGCUGUGGUCCUUUCCCGCCGCCAUGCCCCUUGCGGCCCCAGAGCCUUUGCUCACGCAGCUGUCGCUGCCGACUCCAAGGUUUGCUCGGACAUCGGCCGAGCCAUCCUGCAGCAGCGUGGCUCUCCCACAGAUGCCGCCAUCGCAGCCCUGGUCUGCACCGGUGUUGUCCACCCUCAGAGCAUGGGCCUGGGUGGAGGGGUCAUCUUCACCAUCUACAACGCGACCACAGGACAUGUGGAGGUCAUCAACGCCCGGGAGACAGUGCCCAUCAGCCCUAGCCCAGGUCUGCUGGACCAGUGUGAGCAUGCCCAGCCUCUGGGCACAGGGGCUCAGUGGAUCGGAGUUCCCGGGGAACUCCGGGGCUAUGCAGAGGCCCACCGCCGCCAUGGCCAGCUGCCGUGGGAACAGCUGUUCCAGCCCACCAUCGCCCUGCUGCGCCAGGGCUACCGUGUGCCCCACGUCCUUGGCCAGUUCCUCAGCCACAGCGUCCUGCAGCCUGUCCUCCGCACCUCGUCCCUGAGGCAGCUCUUCUUCAAAGGGACAGAGCCCCUACAGCCUCAGGACCCGCUGCCAUGGCCCGCGCUGGCUGCCACCCUGGAGACUGUGGCCACAGAGGGUGCCGAGGCCUUGUACACCGGGGCGCUGGCCAGCAUGCUGGUAGAGGAUGUGGCCCAGGCAGGGGGCUGGCUGACCCUGCAGGACCUCGCAGAGUUCCACCCUGAGGUGAUGGAUGCACUGGCUUUGCCUCUGGGAGACCACACCCUGUACUCAGCACCACCGCCAGCAGGGGGCGCCGUCCUUGGCCUCAUCCUCAGUGUCCUGAGAGGGUUCAACUUCUCUGUGGAGUCCGUGGCCAGGCCUGAGGGCCGCGUGGAUGUGUACCACCGUUUGGUGGAGACGCUCAAGUAUGCAGAGGGGCAGAAGUGGCGCCUGUGGGACCCUCGCAGCCAUGUGGAGGGCCAGAAUGCUUCCCAGGACCUGCUGGGGAAGACCCUGGCCCAGCACAUCCGGCAGCAGAUGGACACCAGGGGUGACCACCCACUCAGCCACUACAGGCUGCCCGGGGUUCAGGGCCAGCCGACAGGCACAACCCACGUGUCCGUGGUGGGCGAGGAUGGCAGCGCCGUGGCGGCGACCAGCACCAUCAACACCCCCUUUGGUUCCAUGGUGUACUCCCCUCAGACCGGCAUUCUGCUCAACAAUGAGCUUCUAGACCUGUGCUGGAGACGCCCCGUGGGUUCCAGCAUCGCUCCUGCACCUGGUGUGAGUGGGAACACAGUGUGGGGUGCUCCAGGAAGGAGGCAACCGCUUAGAAACAGUGCCUGGUCCCCAGUUCCAGGUGAACGGCCGCCCUCAGCCAUGGUUCCCUCCAUCUUGGUCAACAAGGCCCAGGGGUCAAAGCUGGUCAUUGGUGGUGCUGGAGGGUCCCUUAUCAUCUCUGCUGUGGCCCAGGCCAUCAUGAACAAGCUAUGGCUUGGCUUUGACCUGUGGGAGGCCAUCACAGCCCCCAUCCUGCAUGUGGACGGCCUGGGCCGCGUAGCCUAUGAGCCCAGCUUCAGUCAGGAGGUGCGGCAGGGGCUCCAGGACAAAGGCCACAAUGAGACCACACUGCCCUUCUUCCUGAAUGUGGUCCAGGCUGUGUCGCAGGAAGGGGCCUGCGUGUACGCCGUGUCAGACCCCAGAAAGGGUGGGGAGGCCGCUGGAUAUUAA